ACUGGGUCAUGCACUCCUGGAUCCUGCAUUCCAGUGGGCAUACCCCCGGUGCCAUGAGGACCCUUUCGUCUCAGGGACCAGAUGAACUAGCAGACAAUAAGACUCGGCCAUCAAAAGUAAACAGAUGGUUUCUUCAGCCGCCGAGUGUGAAUGUGUCAUCCAACAAACGCCAGAAGCUUCCAAAUAUUGGUCAGGGACUGGGAUUGUCCAAGGAGAUCUUACUGUGUUGGUGUUUACACCCGUAAAUAGAAAAGGGGCGUGCGUCAGAACAGGCUAUGCUUCCAAGGCUGGACCGGCAGGAAUUGCGUGUAACGAUCUGUCGUCAACCAUCAAACGUGACUGGACGGAUUUUCAAGGGUCUGUGUUGCUCAGCCAUGCACAAAUCUGUGCAAAUCUUCACAAAUAUCACCAUGACACGAAACAGCUGUGCACAAAUGGCCUGCCCUGCCAGGUUUGCCGAUCAGGACACUGUAAUGCUACCCUUUUGGGAAGAAAGACAACAAAGAGCAAUGGACCUUGAAUUUCGACUCAACAGACGAAAUGACGGCAUUUCGUCUCCAUCAGAGCGGGGUGCAAAAUACGUGGGCAUGAGAUUAUUCAGGGAAUAUGGGAUUACGAAUCUCGGAUGAUGGAAUUCUUCGAGAUUACUCACCUGCUCCAGUCUCCAGUCUCCAUUAUUCAAGCCAAGACAGAUACUGUGCUGUACCUGUGUGUACUGGUUUGUUUGGACGGACUUGACACUCGGUGCGGGUCUCCGGGCCUCGUGAGAUCUGAUGUUUGCUGUCCCUUUGUGGAGUCCGGACAAAUAUGGAGACGGAAUUCGAUAUCGGCGUUCCAAGGACAGGAGACUUGGAGUCGUGACUCAGUGAAAGUGAGAUACGGAGAUGAGAUGGAGGAACAUUAGUUAUGUCACGAUGGUCGCAGUCUCUCGCUCUAGGCCGACAUGCUACACAAUUGCACGUUGAAAUGGUUCCAGACACGACUCCCUAUUUCGGUUGGACGUGGUUUGAUUGUCUCAAGUCACGUAGUUCCCGGCUCUGAUUCGUUGUCAUAUCGGAAACACAAUAUUUACUUACAUUGACAACAUAACAUGCUAUUAUGCGCGGAUCUUGUCAACAAGGGAGGGCAACAAGGGAUAUUGAGGGGAAAACCGAGACGCAGAAGGGAUUGAAUCUCAUCAUCGAAGAUGAUUUUCUGACUCAACAGAUUCGCUUUUUAGAUAUCACCUGAGAGUUGCAGCUCUUGUCCAGGGUAGCUACAGUACUGUAUGGACAGUCAGUCAUGGGGUUGAAUUGAAGCUCCAGCAAAUUGUGACCCAUCAGCUGGAAGUGAGGUGAUGGGUUAGACCCUUCAUUCAUCUUGAAGUGGCUGGACAACAGAGUGACAUGUGCAACGGUAGGAGGGGCCGCCUAAUCACAAGUACCCUCACCGGAUCCCCAUCUACCACGAGGCCAAGAAUUGAGACUCCACCAAAUAUGAUGAGAGAAAAAGGGUCCUGCUGUGACUGUGGACAACACAUAUUUUCUUUCUUUCACCGUUGCCAGGGGUUGUCUCGCUGCUGCGUUCCGGAAGCUGCAUGAACUGGCCACUUCAGCUCGGGAACAGCAGGGUAUCUGUUAAAUGCUCCGUAUCGAGCUGCAGCUUGGGUUGCUUUGCCUCGGGACUACAGCCUGUAGUGACACGGGGUUUGGCGACAGCCGGGUUAGGCGUGUACGAUGCUGAGCAGACCUUGGAUGCGAAAAGAUCUAGUUCACGACUUGUGACAGAUGAACUGCCAGUUGUCAUUUUCGUGAACUGGUUUCUAACUAGAGGUCCAUCGGAAUUCUCAGAGCCUAUCCAAUUCACUCGGAUCUGGCCGCCGACCCCUGUAACACAGCCAAGUCCUUCUAUCCAGUUCCUUCACAGCAGUCCUCUUCGCUGUCCUCCUUACCCUGCAGUCAAGAAAUACUAAUACGCUAUUGGUCGGUUCACCUUAAUCCAACCAACCUCACCUCUUGACCGCCUUUCCUCUAAUGCUCACAUGGCUGCAAACCAACCCUCCAUUCGCAUUAGAUUCGAUCUACUAUUGCAUCUCAUCAACCCACGUUCCCGGCUGCAUCAAGCUUAACACGGAUACCUCUUCAAGGAUCUCGAACCUCCAAGGAAAUCACCUCACCAAAAGGCGCCAAGCUAGAUAGCGGCCCGCUCUUGAAUCCAGGAACAAGGACCUUCUGCUGCCACCGCCGAUAUUAGUUUUUUCACGCUCUCUUCCCUCCCUACCUUUCAAGAUCGUAGCAGGGAUCCCGAAUCGGAAUUGGUGUCUGACAGAAUUUUCUUGUCAUCUUUCUUUCUUACUUUCGGUCUAAUUCAUCCGUUUCAUCUCUCAUAUUGGACGUGUCAAUAUUCAGGCUUGACCGCUUUCUCACGAAAAUUAACUCCUUUUCACAAUGACGCUCAACCUCAAUGAAUUUGACGUCCUAGUGUUUGACAUCGGUAAGAUUAAACUGGCUCCACAGUUGCUGUUGGCGACUGCGUGUUUUGUUGACUGCAAGGACUGCUUUGGACUGAGUUGUCAUUCUCUGUAUUGGCAUAUGUUUUGUACCUUACUAUACACUCGCGCUUUGCUUGGAUAUCAUACACUCAGAAUAGCCAUAAUAACACAUAUUACAGAAGGAACCGUUUGUCCCAUCUCCUUUGUCAAGGACGUUCUCUUUCCGUAUGCACUCGAGGCACUUCCCAAGGUGUUGGAUCAAGAGUGGGAUAGCCCAGAGUUCGCAAAGUACCGCAAUGCCUUCCCCGAGGAGUAUUGCAACUCGCGCUCUGACUUUGAAGCGCACGUCCGCGACCUCGUGAAGCGUGAUGUCAAGAUUGCCUACCUCAAGUCGCUCCAGGGUUACCUGUGGUUGCAAGGCUACAAGUCGGGUAACAUCGUGGCGCCCCUCUUCCCAGAUGUUGAGCCCUUCUUCAACGAGGCCACCCAAGCUGGAAAGAAGAUCAUCAUCUACUCGUCCGGCUCAGUCCCUGCGCAGAAGUUGCUCUUUUCACAUACCAACUCCGGGAAAUCAGAUAUGACGCCUCUUAUCGCCGACUACUUUGAUACCACUAAUGCGGGGCCCAAAACCGAGGUUGAUAGCUACACGAAGAUCAUUUCUGAGCACCCGGAGCACAAGGACGUCAACCGAUGGCUUUUCCUGAGCGACAAUAUCAACGAGGUCAAGGCUGCUGUCGGGGCUGGUAUGCGCAGUUUGCCCGUUGUUCGUCCCGGUAAUGCGCCCUUGCCGCCAGACGAACCUCUGUCCAAGCUCGCCAUUACCGAGUUCAAGCACUCAGAGGUCGCUUCUUUGGGAGUAUGAUAGACGGCUGCAGGAAAAGGUCGUUCAGGGUGUGGGGAAAUGAUAAUCGUCGAAUAGUGUGGGACCUUUGUGCGGAGAUGCAAGAGUAGUAGCUCGCUAGGGAAUUCUAGUCCCCUCAAAAACUGAGACCACCGUCCAGCUGAUCCUGUCUACUGGUGAUCUGGUGUACCCAAGCUGCAUAAGUGUCACCAUGCACCUUAUCAGUCGUGCGACGUAGCAAGUUGCAGAUAGUCGAUCCAGACGAUACAGCACAGUAUGCGCUCUCCAAGAACUGUGUAGAUAGGAUCCUCUUAUCGAGAGUAAACAUUCGUACCAUGCCAGCUUAUUGUCGCGUGCUCAAAACUCCAUAUGUUUUGCCGUGCUGAUAGUUUGUUGGGCAGUUCCGCAUAUGCAGCUCGUCGAGGCCCCACGCGUUGUCGUGUCUCCCCUCAUCGUUUCAGUUUGGAUGACUCGUCGAAGCUUUGAGCGUCAUGACAAAAUUGUUCCGUGUCCGUCCUGGAUUGACUUCCUUCUUGGUAAAAUCCGACCGCUUUUCGGAGACGGUCCCGAUCCUCUUCCACAGAGUAUAUGCCAAUUUCUGAGUCAUCUUGAACUUGGUGCAUACAUAGCCGAGAAUCGUCAUCAACUCCUCGAAGCGAGUUUCUGUAAAAUAUCGUGAGUUGUCAACACAGCUGCGAGGUAGAACCACAAAAAGGCAGGGAAAGGGUUCGUCAGAACCAGUUGCAGGUUCAGCUGCAGGUCGAAGAAAGGAGAGAGUCCGAAGAAGCAUCUGUCCACGCCCCUCGGCCUCGGGCACGAAGUUGAGCACUAGACUCAGAGAGAUGAUAUCGAACACCUCAGAAUCGUCCUUGGGCAAGGGGCGCUCCAUAAAAUCUUGCUUUGUGAUGCCUGGCUCCUGGCUGUUGAGAUCGAUAUGCUUCAUAGUAAAGAUACCGCUUGUUGAGCAUGCGUUACGAGUACUCAAUGCCCCAACCUCCAGCAUAUGAAACGGCUGAGCACGCUUCUUGAGCUCUGCCACAGGGAGCCAUUCCAGAAGCACUCUUGACGUGUCACCUCCUCUGUCGAGACUCUGACCUUGCAGACUGGCCUUCUGAUAGUGGUCAAGACCACCCAGCUUGGCAAUCUCCGAGGCAAGGCGAGUUUCGGUGACCGUGUCGCCCUUGGCUGCAGCUCGCCGGCGUUGUUUCUCCAGUUGGUGAUGAGUGUUGAUGAGACUCCUGCUGGCUUUCCUAGACAUUGACCGUGAGGACUUGACAGUUGGCGGGCGGCCACUUGAAAGGCUCUUCAGCCUUGUUUGCUUCUUGGAAACCAUUUUAAGAGUGCAAUGAGAAUUGCCCUUGCGUGUUGACCUCU